GGUGGGGUCAGCACCCAGAAGCCAGCCCCCUCUGACAGCUUCCUCUUUGGCCAAGCCCUGCCUCUGUGCAGCCCUGAGUGGGCAGCCGAAGGCUGCAGCCGCAGCCCAGAGCCCGAGAUGGAGCCCUGGCUGGCCCUGCUGCUGUGGGUCUCAGCCCUGAGCUCUUCUUUCUCCUUGCCAGCUUCUCCCCGUCCUUCUCUGGUGCCCCAAGUCAGAACCAGCUACAAUUUUGGAAGGACUUUCCUCGGCCUUGAUAAAUGCAAUGCCUGCAUCGGGACAUCUAUUUGCAAGAAGUUCUUUAAAGAAGAAAUAAGGUUUGACAAGCGGCUGGCUCCCCACCUCGGACUGCCUCCUGACUACUUGCUUUCAUACCCUGCAAAUUACUCAGAUGAUUCCAAAACCUGGCGCCCUGUGGAGAUCUUUCGGCUGCUCAGCAAAUACCAAAAUGAGAUCUCAGACAGGAGAAUUUGUGCCUCUGUGUCAGCCCCAAAGACCUGCAGCAUUGAAUAUGUCCUGCGGAAAACAGGGAGGUUCCAGAAAUGGCUGCAGGCCAAGCGCCUCACACCAGACCUGGUGCAGGGCCUGCCCAGCCCCCUCCUGCGCUGCCCCUCGCAGCGACUCCUGGAUCGCGUGGUCCGGCGCUACGCCGAGGUGGCCGACGCCGGCAGCAUCUUCAUGGACCACUUCACCGACCGCGACAAGCUGCGUCUGCUCUACACGCUGGCUGUCAACGCGCACCCCAUCCUCCUCCAGAUCUUCCCUGGGGCCGAGGGAUGGCCACUGCCCAAGUACCUGGGCUCCUGUGGCAGAUUCCUCGUCAGCACCAGCACCAGACCGCUGCAGGAAUUCUACAGUGCACCCCCAGACCAGGCAGCCGACCUCGCCUACCAGCUCCUUGGUGUCCUGGAGUCUCUGAGGAGCAACGAUUUGAACUAUUUCUUCUAUUUCACCUAUAUCGAGGCAGACAUGUUUGGCAUCUUUAACAAUGGGCAUCUGUUCAUCCGGGAUGCCAGCACACUGGGCGUCAUCGACAAGCAGGAAGGCAGCCAAGCAGCCACCAGGGCAGGAGAGAAUAAAGACAUUUUUAGCUGCCUGGUUUCUGGCUGCCAGGCCCAGCUGCCCUCCUGCGACACCGUCCCUGAGAAGCAGAGCCUGGUACUGGUGUGUCAGCAGUUGCUGCCUCGACUUCUCCAGAAGAGGUUCCCCUCCCCAGUGCAAGAGGAGAUAGACUCAGCUCUUGCUCAGUGUGGGCAGGGUGCCCACCCAGACUCCGAAGUCCUCGGGGCUGCCAGCCGGCUGAAGGACAUCCUGAGGCCCCUGAGAACCUGUGACCCCAGAUUUGCCUACCGCUACCCAGACUGCAAAUAUAAUGAUAAGUUCUGAGGGGCCGGAGCCCAGCUGGGCUCAGGGGACAACACGCUUGGCCCUCCAUUCCCCUGGUUGGGUUGCUGCAAGGUUGAAAGCAGCAGCUCCGUUUUAAACCUGAGGAGAAAUGCACAUUCAUUUCCCAGGACUAAG